AUGCAACUCACCAAUAUGGCUGAUUCCAAACAAAUACUGGCCGUGUCGGCCCCUGGUGCAAAGCCGCCAGUUCUCUUGGGCACAAAGGAGCGCCUCCCUGAGUUCCAGCUUGCUAAUAAGGUUGUGCUUGUGUCCGGAGCUGCCAGAGGCCUUGGGUUGACCCAGGCUGAGGCCCUGCUAGAAGCGGGAGCUGUUGUCUAUGCACUGGACCGUCUCGAAGAGCCCUCCGAAGACUUCCACCGAGUGAAAAUCCGCGCCACAAAGGAACUCAACACUGAGUUCCAUUACCGACGCAUCGACGUCCGUGACACCGAGGACCUUGAGAGAAUCGUGCAGGAGAUAGCUGACAAGCAUGGCCGCAUCGAUGGUCUGGUUGCUGCUGCGGGCAUCCAGCAAGAAACUCCCGCACUCGAGUACACGGCCAAGGAUGCAAACACCAUGUUCGAAGUCAAUAUCACCGGUGUCUUCAUGACUGCCAAAGCAGUUGCUAAGCAGAUGAUUCGCUUUGGAACCAAGGGCAGCAUUGUCAUGAUUGCCAGCAUGAGUGGCACGAUCGCCAACAGAGGUCUAAUCUGUCCAGCCUACAACGCUAGCAAGGCCGGUGUCAUCCAGCUUGCUCGCAACCUUGCUUCUGAAUGGGGCCAGUACGGCAUCCGUGUCAACACCAUCUCCCCGGGCUACAUCGUGACCGCUAUGGUUGAAAAUCUAUUCGUCGAGUUCCCAGAGCGCAAGACCCAGUGGCCAAAGGAGAACAUGCUCGGCCGUCUCAGCGAGCCCUCAGAAUACCGAGGCGCAGCCGUCUUCCUUAUCAGCGACGCCAGUAGCUUCAUGACCGGAAGCGAUCUCAGAAUCGACGGUGGCCAUGCUGCAUGGUAA